AAGCAUUCGAACAUUGCUCGUCCUCACGUGUACACGUGUAAUAACGAGUUGCUGCGUCGUCGUGCAAGUUGCUCGGGACAGCCGUUGGCGCAGACAGUUCAAAUGCGAGAUAUGUAACUGACGGACGGACAUGGCGGAUGUGUGAGGCUGUCAUUCACUCGGUACAUAAUUCCGUCGUCGUCGUUGUCCGCUCCUUCCACGACCCUGAGGACUGGAACAUCUAUCUUCUUCUAUCUGGGACUUAUCGUUAUGGCCUUCAGGCUUUUCGUGAGGUUUUCGAGAUUGUUUUGAUUAUGAGGUGCAUGAUUGUUCACUGCAGUUCUCGAGGCUGUUUUGCAACAUAGAGAUGAAGUGUUGACGAUCUUUUAGCAUUACGCCUGCGUCCCAAUCGCAACAUCCACGUUUCUACCAGUCUGCUGAUAAAAUUCUACCACUUCUUCUACAGCAUGGACUGGUUUGAGACAUUAGGACCAGCUCGACCAGUGAUGAUAAAAAAUUGGAUCUUGCCAGCGAGCAUCAGUGCAGCAGAACUUCGAGUGGUGUCCGAAGCUCUCCUUACUGAUGACGCUGGAUACAAGAACAACGUCAAUCUGUGCAGAAUAUGCAAGUGCUUGUAUGCCCUUGCGAAGAUGGAGGCCGAAGGCAAAGCAGAACUUGAAGAGGUUGAGGAGUUCCACGACUUUUAUAAGCUACUGUUACAUGUUGUGGAGAUGUUCUUAACUCAUGUGCCGUGUCUUAAACUGCACACGAGCGACGUGCUAUUGUAUAAUUUGGGACUUUUGGUCGAUCUUGCCAAGUUCGUGCUGUCAUCGGUAAAUGCCAUGAUGAGUCCACAAAAAGUGAACGAUGCAAUCUGCAUAUUAAGAGCAUUGUGCAAAGCUCUGGAUCGAGAUACUCCAUUUCAUCAGCAGCAUGAGCACAUUCCAUUGCCGACUGCGCUCCUAGACGGUCCAAGACGAUUCGUUACUUGCAAAUCUCUUCCAACUUCCGCUGAAGUGUGUAGCAACCCUGGAAAGCGAAAGAGGAGAAUAUCAGGAGUACCCGUCAACGUGAUGAACUUCUGCAAGUGCCCAGAGUGUGGUCUGAGUUCGCCGGAGUCUUAUCUCUGGGUAAAGUGCUUGGUCGAGUAUUUCGGGAGAGGUUGUGCAGGAUACGGGCCUCGCACUCAUGGAUUUGAUAAUAUAAGAGAACUGCUACCUCACCUUCAUGAGUUACCCAUUGAGCUCACAGAAAUUGUCCUGCAACUCUUUGCAAGAAUGACUGAGUAUCUAAGAGAUGACCUUCGGAGCAAUCUCUUACACCCGUUUAUGAAGUUUAUGCAGAAUUUAAGUUCAAGGUGCGAACAGGAACUCGAUGAGCAGUGUAUCGAAGUCUACGUAAUGAUCCUGAAACAUGCUCGUCGUCUACUCAACUUCUUUUUGCCGGGAGAAUUGGGUCAGAGAGUUAUUCGCGACUUUGAAGGUCAAAUCCAAAGAAUGCUGUUGAGCUUUAUGACAGUCGAAACCGAUAACAUGUCUGAAUCGUCACCACGUUCGUUGAUGAUGUGCGAGGAAGUUUCAUCAGCAAAAUCGAAUUCUUAUGUUGGGCGCAUCUUGGACCAGACCGCUCAAUGGUUCAAAUAUAAGUUUCCACUUACCUUCAAUCCUAGUCGUGCACUUAGCUUGAACUCCAAAGUGGUUUAAUAAAUUGAGCAAGUUACAUUAGACAGUCAAUAUGAUGGCAGGCAAGAAAAUUUGUUUACUGAAUAGCAAUGGAGUCGCAAGCCGUUGGUGAUUGCCAAGUUCUGUAGGGUAGUAGAUUAAGCAUCAGAUGGUUGCUAGAAGAUCACUUCUGUACUUUGAAGAAGACAUAGUGAAGUUUGAUUUCUUGAAUUAAAACCUUUACUUUUAAAUUACUGCCUUAUAUUGGUUAC